ACCUCGCACACUUCCUCUCUAUCACUGCGGUGGGAAGGCCAAAUCAGAAGAUAGGUUUAUAUAAAGCAAAUUUUCUUGGGCAGUCAUUCAAGUAGGAUUUUCAAAAAUGUUGCUCUUCAUUUUUUUGCUGGCUCAAGUGUGUUUUGGGUUUGGAUUUGCUGAGAACAUUCCACCGAAUCACCAGUGCCUUUUCACUUGCGGCUGUAUGAAGUAUUACGGUGACACAAUCGACAAGCGAUUGGAAUCGCUCGAAUCGGGGAACAUUGUGAAAAGCAGAACGACAAGGCAUCCAAACUCCAGUCACGUUGCUUCCGAGUCUACAGAAACUGGAAUUUUAGAACUCAAGGAGAUGAUAAGGACAAAUUUUGACAAUUUUGAGAGCUCAAUUGGUGGUCACAGCUCUUAUGUCAACGACUCAAUCAAGUAUUAUCUUCAAGAUACUUCCUCAGAAGUUGGCAAACAAACAAGUCUUAUAAACGAAAUGCUUCACCUGCUCAGAAACGAAUUUAAAGGGAUUGGUACGAACUUUGAAGAGAUAAAGAAGAAGCAGGAAGGUUUAGACGUUUUCGCUCGUGAUAAAUUGAAAAAGUUCGAUGCACUGACAAAUGCUGUCAAUAUCAAGCUUAAGCCUGUGUUUCUCAAAAGUGGAAGAAUAGUCGCUUUCAGAGAUGAUCUCUUAGAAACGGAUUUUAGCUCAGUCAAAUUGGUGUGCGAAAAUGCUGGAAUGAAAAUGAUCACGGUGCACAAUCAAUCUGAACUUGAUGAACUUCAAGAUGCAGCCGAAAACUUAAAUCCCUCCAUUCACGUUUGGCUGUCAGCUUCAAACAUGGAUGAUGGCGAAGGUAAUUUCAAAUGGGCAGAUGGCACCAAACUUGAUACAAAGAGCAAGCUGUGGCUAACUAAGGAACUAGGUGCUGAUGUUAAUCAACCUGACGACUACAAAAAUGGCACAAAUGCCUGCGUCUAUUUCGAUACGAAAAACACUUACAGUAGGAAAUUGCUAGAUGCACCAUGUCGAAACUUUGGACUAGUUGCCUGUGAAUUGUAAGUGCAGGAAACAUCAGGAAAAAAUUCAUCAAACAAAUACAACAUGGCAUAUUAUGGCCAUUUACCAAUAAAAAUUAAACCGUCUUUGGAAGAAAUAAACUAUUUUUUAACUCCUGCACAAACAGAAAAAGUAAUAGAAACUCAAAAAUCUUGUUUCCCUUCUCACAAAUCAAUAUUAAAU